AGGGCUAGCCGUGCGUUGACCUAUCAAAUAAGAAAUUUUCGAAGAAACUUCAACAUUGUGCUGGCAGACACUGCAAGAAAAAAUCAAAGUCAAGAGUCAAUGCUUGUCAUUGUCUAUACCAAAACAUCUCGACAUCUUAUAAAGCUGUUUUACAUAUUUUUUGUUAUCUCAGCUUCAUUUCCUUCUCCUCAUAAUUCUUAAAACCGUGGCAAGUACUGAAGAACAUCAACACUUGAUACUGGUCGAAAAAGGAUGGCCAGUGAUUCAAGAGGGAGUAGACAAACUGAUUAGGAUCAUCGAAGGAGAUAAAAGUCUAAGUUUCUCAUCUGAAGAUUACAUGCGUUUCUACACAACUGUGUUUAACAUGUGUAUUCCAAACCCUACUGGUGGAAAUUGUUUUGUAUUAUAUGAGAAGUAUAACAAAAUAUUUGAAGAGUAUAUUACUACCAAGGUUUUGCCAUCUUUGCAAGGAAAGAAAGAUGAAGCUCUGCUACAAGAAUUGGAGAAAAGAUGGUCAAAUCACAAUGCUAUGAACAGAUGGCUUAGCAGAUUCUUUCAUUAUCUGCAUAGAUACUUUGUUCCUGUGAGGCAGGUUCCUCCACUCAAAGAAGCUGGCCUUUUGUCUUUCUAUAAUUUGAUAUUUGGAGAAAUGAAUAAUCAAGUCAGAGAUGCUGUAUUAUCUAUGAUUGAUCGGGAGCGCGAAGGGGAAGACAUUGAUCAAGCCCUGGUAAAGAAUGUUCUGGCUAUCUAUGUGGAUUUUGGACAAGGCUCAAUGAAAUACUAUGAAAAAGACUUUGAAGAAGCCAUGUUUAAAGAUACUGCUUCAUUUUAUUCCACCAAGGCCUCUAACUGGUUAAAAAAUGAAUCUUACAAGGAUUACAUGCUUAAGGUUGAAUGUUGCUUGAAACAUGAAAGAGACACAGUUUCUGGCUAUCUGCAGAACAGAAGCCAAGAGAGGCUACUUGAGAUUGUUGAAAAUGAAUUGCUUUCUGUUUAUGCAUCUGAAUUGAAAGAGAAGAAACAGACUGAUGCAUUCCCAUUGACAGAAAAAUCAAUCUGAUUCCUGCUGUUCAUGCCUUGGGGGAUGAGAAACAUGAUACAUAUUUGAAAGAACUUAUGUUUCUGUCACUCUUAAAUAUUUGCAAUAAGACACACAGACAUAUAUGUAUGAUGGAUUGUACAAGUCCAUCAUAUUUAUUCCAAAUUAAAUGAGUUGUAAAGUUACGUACUGUUUGGUCAUCUUAGAAAUGUUCGAUGCCAACAGUCGCAUAUCGCAUAAAUUAUUGGUAGAAUAUUAAACUCUUAAUUUUUAAGUGAUUGAUUUCAAUUUUGAUGGCUUCGUAUACAACAAAAAUUUGAAGAUAGUUGAGAUAGGAGUUUAUUUGAUAUAGAUUGGUAGGCUUAGACUAAGUUUGGAUUUCACCGCAUUUUCAAUGCGGUGUAAUUAAACUUAUCGUAUCAUUAA